AGAGUGAGAGAGUCUGUCAACGAAAACGGUAACAAUGCGUACAGUUAUUGUUGGUUUCCUGCUCUGUGUGUAUUUCGAUGCUUCUGUUGGACAUACAGACAUAGAGGCUAUUCAGCGAUUAGAAAAAAUGGUCACCGACUUGAAAGAAAGAAGUGUAAUUCAAGACCAGAAGAUUGCUGCUAUCCAAGCUGAGAAUGAUAAGCUGAAGAAACGUAUGGGCGAAAUUUCUAAUGAAAAUAUUCGUAUGAAAUAGGAUAUGUGGGAUAUUUGGAAACAGAAUAAGCGCCAAAUGCAGAUUAACAAUGAACAGAAGAUAAAGAUUAAUGAAAUGAAUAAAACUAUGAGAACAACGCGCUUUCAACAGACAGAUAAUGGAAAAACGGGUUACAAUGUCAGUCGGUUAAAUACUUCACACAAAAGUGGAAGCAAUUUUACUAAGACGUUCAUACACACCGGAUUGUGGGACGAUCCACAAACAUCGAAUUUAACCACAUCGACGAAACACCAACUUAGUGGAAAGGAAUCAACAGGACUGAGUUUCCGCAGCAGGAGGUCACGAAGACUGUUGUUACCAGAAAACCAACCGUCAGCACCCUCUAAUGUUGCCUUCUUCGCAUACAUGUCGAAAACAGAUGACCACCCGGGCCAGCAUCAGACGCUGCUAUACGAUGUUGCUCGGCGGACAUUACAGCCCACACACAGGUGCAUUUACCGUUCCUACUCAUUGGGUAUAUGUCUUCACCUGGAAUGUAUACAGUGGUGGCAGUGACACUACGUACGCGUACACUGAAAUAGUGGUCAAUUCCAAUACCGUAUGUGGAUCCUUUACAGGCGCCAAUGGUAACGGUAAUGCUAUAACAUCACCCGCCACAGUCGUGCUGGAACUGAACCACGGUGACGAGGUACACACUCGGACGGCCGCAGAUCAUUCUAUUUCUGGGAAGAUAUACAGUACUUCUGCAUAUCGAUCAACAUUUAGUGGAUGGAAAUUGUUUUAAUUUGUAUCAGGCAGAGGAAGAUAAACAUACCAUCACAUCUAA